UGUCCCAUUCAGGGGGAACCGAGUCUCCUCAUCACACUGAUGGUCGUUAAACUGCUUUUAUGAGCGCGAUUACAGAUGCUUUGGGAUCCAUGGAUGAGCAAUCGCAAAAACAUUACUAUCACAACACUUGAAUUUCUCAGUACUUAAACUUUUGGCAAGUCUGCAGAAAAGCUGAGUGAGCGCUCAUUCGCUGGAUACAGUGUCUCAGUUACCCUCAGAGGUCAUCAUCAGAACUCAUCCACCAUGGGUCACUUAACCUCUGCAUUACUGUGGGGUCUCUCUCUCCUGCUGGUGACCCGGAGUGUGUUUGCCAUGGUACUGUUUAAUGCCACAGAUCUCGGCAUUCUCUUGGAGAAGUAUCUGGAUAAUGAUGGAGACUGGAUGGUGGAGAGACAGAGAAGCAAGAGGGCAAUCACUGCCACUGACAUGCAAGCAAUCCUUGACCUUCACAACAAACUCCGGGGGCAGGUCUACCCACGGGCUUCAAAUAUGGAAUACAUGGUGUGGGACACUGAACUGGAGCGGAGUGCUCAGGAAUGGGCUGAGACCUGCCUGUGGGAACAUGGCCCAGCUGGCCUGCUGCCUCAGAUUGGUCAGAACCUGGGAGUGCACUGGGGAAGAUACGGUCCAACUACUUCUCAUGUACAAGCCUGGUAUGAUGAGGUCAAAGACUACUCGUUCCCUUACCCCCAGGAAUGUAACCCUCACUGCCCUUUUAGGUGCAGUGGUCCAGUCUGUACCCACUACACUCAGCUUGUUUGGGCAACUAGCAGUCGAAUUGGUUGUGCAAUCAAUGUGUGCUACAACAUGAAUGUGUGGGGCCAGAUCUGGGCAAAGGCUGUUUAUCUUGUGUGCAACUACUCACCAAAGGGUAACUGGUGGGGAUAUGCCCCAUAUAAGCAUGGCACCCCUUGCUCUGCCUGUCCAGCCAGCUAUGGAGGAAUGUGCAGAGAAAACCUCUGUUAUAAAGGAGAUGGAACCAAUAGACAAAUCCCACGUGAGGAAACAGACGAAAGAAAUUCUAUAGAACCAGAGGCCCCUCAUAGCCCUGGGCCCCGUUUACAGGCCCCAAGUCCAACCAGACGCCCAAAUGCAUUUGUGAGCAAAGAGCAGAUGUCCCAGAUUGUGACAUGUGACACAAAGCUAAGAGAUCAAUGUAAAGGCACCACAUGCAAUAGGUACGAGUGCCCUGCUGGUUGUUUAGACAGUGAAGCGAAAGUGGUUGGAACUGUGUAUUAUGACAUGCAAUCCAGUAUUUGCCGGGCAGGCAUUCAUUACGGUGUCAUUGACAAUGAUGGAGGCUGGAUGGAUGUCACAAGACAGGGCAGAAAGGACUUCUUCAUCAAAUCAUACAAAAAUGGACUUCAGUCCCUUGGGAAAUACCAGAGUGCCAAUGCCUUCACAGUAUCUAAAGUUACAGUAAAAGUUAUCACAUGCGAGACUACAGUUUCUGCGCUGUGCCCUUACCAGAAGCUUGCAAGACACUGUCCAAGGAUUUACUGUCCUCGGAACUGCCUGCAAGCAAGUCCUCACCUUUCUCGAGUCAUUGGCACCAAAAUGUAUUCAGAUAAAUCUAGUAUAUGCAGAUCUGCAAUUCAUGCCGGCGUUUUAAGAAACGAAUCAGGUGGUUAUGUUGAUGUGAUGCCCACAGACAACAGGAAGCUGUACAUUUCCUCUUACCAGAACGGCAUAGUCUCAGAAAGCCUGCAGAACCCCGCGGGAGGCAAGGCAUUCAGGGUAUACGCAGUUAUUUGAGCGUGUGCUGAAAUCGUGGUCACUCAUCGACUCGGUCUGUUGAUUAGGCUGUAAUAGUGGCCAUUGUGAGGCCUUUUCUGCUCUAACCAUCCUGUGCUGUGUUUUCUUUCACAUGAAUGUUGACUGAACUAUUUGCUUUAUAGAUGGAGACCCUUUCCAAUGGAUCAAACUGAUUAGCCAUUGUAUUGCCUAAAAAGCAUGUAAUUAGAGCAUAAUUCAGGGAAUGUGGUGUCUGUAUUGCAGAGAAAAAAAGCACUUAAGGAAUUUUAAUCUUCUGUUAUUGUUGUUAAGAACAUUUUAGAGCUUUUUAGUUUCAUUACAUGUUGAGGAAGUUCUCAUUCAUUUAUAGGUGUAUUUUCCUUUCUUUUUUCCGCCCCAUGUAUUUAUUUUUAUGUAUUUUUUUGUUUGUUUUGCUUUAGGGCAAGAAAGGACUGCUGAUGUAUUUUUAUUUUAUUUUAUUAUUAUUUUUUAAUGAUAAUUAAGAAUGUGUGCAUAAUCCUGCAGGGCAGGAUAUUACAUCUAAAAACAUCCAACCAAACAUAAUAUGAAACAUCUUCAUCGUUAAACACUGUAAAUAGCAUGUUGUGAAUAGCUUGUCUAUAGUAUUCAUUCUAAUGAGGUGCUGCAUGCAUAGUGUACUGCGUAUUGUGUACUGUCUCCGAAAACAAAUGUAUU